UUCCAGCCACGACUCAUAGAUCCACUCAAACUGUCAUGUGACUACUCACGACUACUUUGACUAUUCGAUUCAGUUUUGAGUGAUUCUGAUUGACACGAGUCAACUCAAGACGCAGCAGCACUCACGCGUCACAUUCGAUCAUCGCUCGCCCUACAGCUUCCUGCCUUUCGCGCCCGACACUGACAGUCAAGAUUCGUGCCUCGUCGCGCAACGCUGCACGAAGCACGUCUCGCCUUUGACUUGGACUCGCGACUCGUCGUAGUCUGAACCCACCAGCUUUCGAAGCAUUCCCAUUCAUCGUUCGGAGCAAAGGUGCCAAGAAGAGGCUAGCAACAUACAUCCACCUACGCUGCCUCGCUCGCUCGCUCUCCAUCCAGAGAGCGCUCGACAUCAUUGCACAAUCAGCUGGCAACACUCCCGCAAACAAGAGGCAGUCAUGAGCGGUUUGGUGCAGAAAGUGACGGACACGGUCAAUGCGUGGCUCGAGAAUGCUAGGAUUGCAGCGGAGGGCAAGAUUCCCUUUCAAGGCCAACGCUUGGCCGAUCGCAUCAUGCAAGAGCUCUUGGUGCUGGCAGCAGUCAUCUCCUUUGCGGCCGGCUACCUGCUAGAGUCUCUCUCCGCUCUGAUGUACAUCUAUGGCAUCUCCACCUUGCUGGCCAUCAUCCUGGUCGUGCCAGCUUGGCCAAUGUACAAGAAGAAUCCGGUUCGAUGGUUGCCCAACCUCCCAUCCGACGACGCGCUGCGGAAAGGCGAGGACAGGAAAGAGUCUGCAUCGGCUUCGAAGAAGGAUUCCUAAUAAAGAGCACUUGGGCCUUUGCGAAGCCUACCGUUGCCGAUGUAGAAUCAUCACGGGCGCUCGAGCAAUGACGGGUAGCCUGAUGGGGUUGUUCUUGCGUGACUUUCUGAAUGCUAUGUGCGUCAUCCGUGCAUUGCCAUCUCUGCGUCCGCUCUUCCCUGGUGCUCGCACUUGAUCUGCGCGGGUUUUAGCCGGCAGUCGCAACAGAUGAGUGAUCAGAAUGA